AUGGCCGCCCUCCAGACCGAGCCUUCGGGCCUCCCAAAUAUCAGCACCCUGCUGGAAAACCUCACGGGCUGUCUUUCUUCCGCAGGAUCUUCUCUUCCCAAACCUGUGCGAGACGAUCCGUCCGACGUUGCAAUCGAGCCUCCGCAAGAGGGCAUCUCCCUGCUGGAUACGAAAUCCGAUCUACUUCUCUCCUACCUACAGAACCUCGUAUUCUUGACGUUACUCCAGCUUCGCGAUGUUUCGUCGCAAUCGGGGUCGGGUGCAGAAUCCUCCGAUCAGUCGCUGCGAGAUGAAGUGGUCAAGAAAUUAAUCGAACUACGGGUGUACCUGGAUCGCGGAGUUCGGCCUCUAGAGGGGCGGUUGAAAUACCAGGUUGACAAAGUUAUCAAGGCGGCCGAGGACGCUGAUCGAAGCGACCGGACCGCAUCAAAAGGCAAGAGCCGACGAGACGCAGGAUCCGGCAGUGAGGACGACUCCGAAAACGCAUCCAGUGACAGCGAGGGGGAUAGCGAGGAUGACGAAGAGGGAGAAGACAUUGACGAGAUGGCAUACCGACCGAACGUGUCUGCAUUUACGAAGAAAAUGGCAGUCGAGUCGAAACCAGACAACGCCACCCACCGAACCUCGAACGACGGUAUCUACCGGCCACCGAAGAUCAUGCCCACCGCUCUUCCCACCACUGAGAGCAGAGACCGAAAGGACCGCGCUCCCCGUCGGUCCAACGUUAUCGAUGAGUUUGUUAGCGCGGAGAUGUCCUCCGCGCCUAUGGCAGAACCAAGUAUUGGUAGCACGAUCGUGCGCGGCGGAAGACACACCAAAUCCAAGAAGGAGAGGGAGGUCGAGGCCGAGAGAACCGCCUACGAAGAGACGAAUUUCACGCGAUUGGCCAAAGAGAGCAAGAAGGAGCGGGCGAAGCGACGAGCCCAGGGUGGUGGAGACAGUGGCUUUGGAGGGGAAGAAUGGAGAGGUCUUACGGAGGGGGCGGACCGUAUCACCAAGCUUACUCGCCGAGCCAAAGGCAGUGGGAAUGCACUGGAAAAAUCGCGGAAGCGCAAACUCACCGAGGAUGGACCUCGUAGUGAUGGCGCCGGGCUGGGACACAUCUUUGAGAAGCGGCGGAAGAAGAUUGAGGGAUGGAAGCGCUGA